AAGAAUUGCAGAACACACAAUUGUUCAGUGAAGACAGAAGUACAGUUCUAAGAAAAAUGGAUAUUCAGGAUCCUCAGACAAUUGGUGUUAUGGUCUUUGGGGGAUUUAUGGUUAUUUCGGCUAUUGGAAUUUUCUUAGUUUCAACAUUUUCAAUGAAAGAAACCUCUUAUGAGGAAGCCUUGGCUAAGCAGAGAAAGCAGUUGGAAAGGGUCCAUUUGCAGAGAAGUGAGAAGAAAAAGAAAGAGAAGCUCACUGAAAAGAAAGGAAAGGCCAAGAAAAGGGAAGAGAAGCUGAAUGGAAAAAUCCCAGAACGGGAAUCGUCUUUUGACCUGCCUGAGUUUGUUGAAGAAGAGGAAGAACUAGAUGUCCUUGAAGAACCAGCAGUACCAGAGCGUCCUUUUGUAGCUGUUGCAACUCCACCCUCUUCAGAAAAGCCAGUUUCUUUUCCUAAAGAUAAGCUUUCAUUAGCUGCAGAAAAGCCAGUUUCACUUCCCAAAGAUAGGAUUUCAUCCACUACAGAAAAGCCGGUUCCCUCUCCCAAAGAUAGGCUUUCACCUGCCUCCGAUAAGCUGGUUCCAGCUUCCAAAGACAAGGCUUCACUAGCUCAGGAAAAGCUUGUUCCAGCUCCCAAAGAUAAAACUCCACCCACCGUAGACAAGACUGUUCCUUCUCCCAAAGAUAAGAGGAAGAAAGAAAAGAAAGUUGCAAAAGUUGAGCCUGCACCAAGCCCUAUUGUCACUGUUGCAAGUCAGGCACCUGUUACUAAAUCCGCACCUGCUGUGGAGCUGCUUGCAAAGGAAGUACCUGUGAUUGCUGUUCCACCAGUUGGAGUACAGCAAAGCACAGCAGUACCAACAUCUGCCCCCAUUAAAAAGGUGGAAAGCGUGAUGCCUGUGGAGGAGUCCAAACCAGAUGUUCUUGCAAAGAAGAAAACUGCACCCAAGAAGAAGACUGAACCAAAUUCUGCUGACAGUACCGAUGGACCACUGUAUCUUCCAUACAAGACUCUUCUGCAAACAGUAAACAGUAUGACUUUCAGCGAGGGAGAAGCCCAACGACUAAUCGAGAUGUUGAUGGACAAGGCUGGCAUUGUUCAGGAUACCUGGCACAUGGCUACACAGAAAGGUGACCCAGUUGCAGCCUUAAAACGCCAACUAGAAGAAAAGGAAAGACAGCUCAGCACAGAGCAGGAGGAUGCUGUUGCUGCCAGAACUAAGCUCCGUGAAGUAACAAAGGAGCUUGUUGCUGAGAAGGCCAAGGUGUUCACUGUAGAGGCAAACAUGAAUGAUAAGUUGGUGGCCCGAGACAAGGAGCUUGCUGCCGUCCAGACUCGCAUGCAGGCCAGCUAUGAAGAUCACGUCAAUGAAACACAGCAACUGCAAGCCAAGAUCCAGACACUGAAAGACCAACUAGAGAAUGGCCCUAAUGCUCAAAUUGCUCGUUUGCAGCAGGAGAACUCCAUUUUGAGGGAUGCUUUAAACCAGGCUACAAGCCAGAUGGAAAGCAGGCAAAAUGCUGAGAUGGCUAAACUGCGUCAAGAUUGUAGCAGACUUACUAAAGAACUGAAUGAGAAAUCUGAAUUGCAGCAGCAAGACGAAGAACAGAAAAGGAUUCUUGAGGAAAAAGUUGCUGCUUACGAAACGCAGAUCAGCCAGCUUCAGACUUUGCAAAAUGAAACUGAGGAAACCUUGCAGAGACGCUUGGAUGAGGUCAGUGAAGAGCUGCGGAAAUCACAAAGCACCUAUACAAAUCUGCUAUCUGGCAUGGAAAAAGCUAAAGCAGAGCAGCAAGAUUUCAAUGACCUCCAGAUAAAAUUGGCAUCCUUUGAAGCAGAGGCCAAGAGCAAGACAGAGGAGCUAGACAAGCUGAAUGUUAAAUUCUCAGAAGUUCACUCGGAGAAAACGCAGCUCGAAGAAAGACUCCAAUCAAUUGAAACACUUAUGGAGUCAUGUCAGAGUAAGGAGUCAGACAGCAAUCUACAUGCAGAAAAAGAAGCAGAAAUUGAACAGCUACAAAGCAGUCUUCAGGAAAAAGACAGUCUAGUGUCAUCAUUAGAACAGCAAAUCUUGCAACUCAAAGAAACAAUUGAGCAACAGAAAGUUAAAAAUAAUGAUGAAGCAGAACAGAAAUACAGUGCACUUGAGAAACAAACAAGAGAGACACUACAGGCAGCAUUCCCUCAGAUUGAUGUCGCUUCACAACAGGUGUACAGCGAAUGGAUACAUGAGUUUAAAGAUAAAGCUGUAGAGGCCCUCAAGCAACAGCAAACAACCACAGUAGAGUCUCCAGAACUGGCACUUAAACUGAGAGAAGCAGAGGCUGCUAAAAGUACGCUACAGCUGACACUGACAGAAGCAGAGGAGACCAAGAAAACACUACAGAUAAAGUUAUCAGAAGCAGAGACAAUUCAGAGCACACUGCAGCAAAAACUGACAGAAGCAGAAGCAGUUCAGAGCACACUGCAACAAAAAUUAACAGAGACAGGUCAGGACACACUGCAACUGAAAUUAACAGAAUCAGAGAAGGCUCACAGCAUACUACAGCUAAAAAUGACAGAAGCAGAGAAAGCUGAGAGCAUAUUGCAACAGGAGUUAGUGGCAGCAGCGAAAGCACAGAGCAGGCUAGAGUCUGAACUGGCAGAGGCCGAAAAAGUUCAGAGCACACUACAGCUUAGACUAAAAGAAGCUGAGGAGUCUCACAACACACUACAGCAGGAUUGUGACCAAUACAGAACUGUUCUUGCUGAAACGGAAGGCAUGCUUAAACAUCUCCAAAAAAGUGUUGAAGAGGAGGAACAUACAUGGAAAGCAAAACUAGCAGCAUCAGAAGAGGAACUUCAUAAGUUACAGGCACAGAUAAGGCCUCUAGAAGAGACCAUGGAGAAAAUGAAGCUGGAACUCCAAAGCACAGAGCAGCUUAAAGAGCAUAUAUCCCUUUUGGAGAGGCAGCUAGAAAACCAGUUAGAAUCUGCAAGUUCAGAAUGUCAGAAUUACUCUAAAGAAGUUGCAGUGUUAAAGGAUCUUUUGUCAGAGUCUCAAAACCAGUUAGAAGUGGCUACAAAUGAAGUUCAGAAACAGAGCAAGGAACUGAUCUUGGUCAGGCAUCACUUAAGUGAAAUGAAGAUCCAAGUGCACGAUGGAGAAGUUCUUAUGACAGAGGCUGAUGUAGUUGAGAGGGUUCCAUCUGAGGUGAUGUCAGACCUUCAGCAGUCAAAAGCCAUACUUGUCCAUGAGGAUGCAGUGAGACAGUUGAUUGAGGAAGAGCUAAUUGUGGCUGAGAGGUCUGCAACUACCCUUGAAGCUGAACUUGAGAAGCUGAGAGCAUCUGGAGAGUUAAUAGAUUCGUUGUGUGACGAUUCUCUAAAGCCUAAGGAAGGAGAAUCUGAAGAAUUAACGGAGGGAACAUCUGUUUAAGAAAAAGAAAAGCACAAGAAAACUUCUCAACCUGCCAAAUGCCUUAAACUUAUUUUGUAGAAAUUACACAUUCCUGAUGAAUAUUUGCUCAGUAUUGUACUAUAGGACAUGACAAAAAAGUCAUUAAGGAACCAAACACAAAACAUACAGCCAUAACAUGGAAGCAGCAGCGCUUUUUUAUUUUAAUGACAUUCCAUCAUAUAAAUUCUGGCUGUGAGUUGGACAGCUCCAACUAUAUACACAUAUAUAAUUAUUUCUGUAUUAUCAGAAUACCUACCUACCUGAAUGUUCCUGUGAAAAGGGAAGACAAAUGUACUUCAAUAGUACAUUAAAAUGUGCAAUGUUAUUUUUGAGUUGAGAGGAGAUGUGAACAUUAGGUACUUGGUUGUAAUAGAGAACCUCUACAUAAUAAUGUAGACUGUUCUCAAUUUACUUGUGAAUGUUGCAAUCCUUAAUUCCAAUAAACUUACAUUUAACCACGUC